AUGGCUCCCUUCUACAAGGCCGCAGCAGCAUUUUGCCUAGUCGGGCUGUGUUGGUUUCAAUCCGAGGCUGCCGAAGAAAAAAAAUAUAUUUUUGAGGUAGCCCCAGCGGAAGAAGACGCCUACUUAACUGCAAAGUUGGCCCGUAAUGGAAAAAUUACAGCUAAGACGAAUACAGUAGAAAAGGAUCCCCAGCUUGUCUCCAGCUUGCAGGGGAAAGUAGGAACCUCAACUGAAGACACCAAUGCGGCGUGCACGACAUUGAUGACAGACGACCUUAAGAAGCUGUUCCAUCACGCUUUCGAAUAUACAGAAGAACAUGACUACCGUCAACUGGUACAGGAUGCCGUCACAGCCGGAUUGGAAGAGUUCGGCAAAACGUACCCGGCGGAUUCAGAUGCGUGGAAACAGGUAUGGAAGAAGGAAAAGGCUCGCAGCAUGAUGCACCUUCUCGGUGCUAGCAGCACUAAAAUCGGAUGUGUCAUUGCGAACGAAGACUACUUCAAGGAGCUUAGUACACGAACAACUGAAUUAAAAAGUAUGACAGAUGAAGAUCUGAAGGAUCCUAUUGUAACAAGCUCUGCAGAUGCUACCGUUCCAAGCAUUCUAACUGCCGGUUUGGUCGCCAUCCUGGCAGCUAUCUCUGCCUAG